CUGCCUGCAGGUGCCCUCCCCGCUGUGCCCGCUCUGCCGCGUGCCCUUCGACCCCAAGAAGGUGGAGAAGGCUUCCAGCGUGGAGAAGCAGCUCUCGUCCUACAAGGCUCCCUGCAGAGGCUGCAGCAAGAAGGUGACCCUGGCCAAAAUGCGCUCCCACGUCUCGUCCUGCGCCAAGGUGCAGGAGCAGAUGGCCAACUGCCCCAAGUUUGUUCCAGUUGUCCCCACAUCCCAGCCUAUUCCCAGCAACAUUCCCAACCGCUCCACGUUCGUGUGUCCGUACUGCGGGGCGCGGAACCUGGACCAGCAGGAGCUGGUGAAGCACUGCAUGGAGAACCACAGGAACGACCCCAACAAGGUGGUGUGCCCGGUGUGCUCGGCCAUGCCCUGGGGGGAUCCCAGCUACAAGAGUGCCAACUUCCUGCAGCACCUGCUCCACAGGCACAAGUUCUCCUACGACACCUUCGUGGAUUACAACAUCGACGAGGAGGCAGCGUUGCAGGCGGCCCUGGCUCUGUCCCUCUCUGAGAACUGAGGCUGAUCCCUCUCCCUGCCCUGGCUCCUUCUGCACACUCCAGGAACCCUCUGGAGCCCCUCUGCUGCCUCUGUUCCCACUGCAAUUCCCACCUUGUUUAAGAAGGUGGAGCCUCUUCGGUUGUCACAGUGAGCGAGCAGAGAGCUCUGGAGCAGGGCUGGGAUCAAUCCUUGGAUUGGCAUUUAAUAUCCGUGCUGGGAGCAUAGCCCCGUGUCCAGAUCUAUUUAUUGUUAGAUGCUUUUUGGCACACUCCUCCCUGCUCUCUGUUGCAGCAGAAUAGGUACCUGAAACUGAUAGACUGGAUGCCAAACACCCUCAUUUGGGACUGGAAUCAGCCACAUCCUUUUAAAAAGGAGGAAGGCAGCACGGAGCAUCUUUUUUUAAACUCUCCAAGGAUUUUUCUAGAGAUGUCAGGCUGUCCUGAGCCCCGUGCUGGAGGCUGGAGCUGCCUCCUUCACCUGAAUCCCAGGAUGAGACUGAAGAGUGGUUCAGAGGAGCCCUGGAGGAUGGCAUCCAGCAUCCAGGGAGACCUCCCCUUCCUCGUUUUGUACCAGCUCUUGGGACACCAAAUCCUUGCCUUUUUCUACACGGAGCGGCGCGAAGCCUUUUCCACGUUUUCUAGAGCGGGAUAACCCAAGCAAAUGAACACGUGGAUUGGGAAUGGAGCGGGAGGCAGGAGCUGGAUCCCGGAGCGGGUCGGACUCAGGUGGGGGGAAGUGCAGGGAUCUUUCUGGGCCAUCCUGGAUAUUUCUGGGCCUUUCCCUUCCC